CUUUUAACAAAGAAACGAACGUCCUCCUCCUCUGUGACUGUCUCUCUCUCUUCCAGGUCUGAAGUCGAAACUUUCAGUUUCAAAGCCUCAAAAACCCGCCAGAGAUAGACGAAUAUACCCUCACCAUCAACGAUUAAUCUCUUCCAGUUUUGCUUUCACUCCUCCCUGGUAACGUAUCUAACGAAGGGCCCAUUCAAUUUAAAGUUAUGCCCUUCUUCUCUACUGUAAAUUAGGGUUCUUCGAAAUUGUGAUCUGAAUUUAGGGUUUUUCUUUUCUAAUGAGAAUUAUAUUCUUAGUUGGACUAUGAAAAAGAACGUAAUUAGUACCUGAAACCCUAGUAUUGGGGAGUUCUUCUGAAGAGUCUUUAGAUUGUUAAUUGUACUGGUGAUUUUAUCAGUUGUGCAGAAAUUAUCGGUCUGGGAGUAAAUUUUGGGGUUUUUGAAGAGGACAACAGAAACCAAGUUUCUCUGUUGCAGAAGCCAACAUGAAACGAAAACGAGGUCACAAGAAAGGAAAACAUAGAAAGAAGGCGGCAGUGGAUGUGGAAGGCAUUCCUGUUUUGUAUGAUGUUGAUGUUCAAUUUGAAGAUGAUAAUGAUAAUGAUAAUGAUGAUGAUAGUGAUAGUGAUCUCGGUGGUGCUCAGUUAGAUUCCAAAAUGGAAGUUGCAGUGCCAGCUCCAGUGGUGCCUUAUCAACCUCCUGCAUUCACAAAGCCUACUCCAAAUAUAAUUACUUACAAAUCAGGUGGACGGCAUGGAAUUGGACCUGUUAAAGUGAGACUUAAGUCGUCAAAAGUGAUAAAGCCUCAAGAGAGUAGUCCAGAUAUGCUGGAUAAGAGUGAUACCGACAAGAGCAGUCAACAUGUGAGUCUAGAAAAGCUAGGUGAAGUGGAGAGGACAGAUGAUAGUGGCAGCUCUUUGCCUGAAAUGCAGUCGGUGGUGGUUAUGGAGAAAGUGCCAAGUAAAUCUGGAACCUUAAAAAUCAAGUCUUUCAGAGGAUCAAGUUCUGUGAAUACUAUAGUGAAUGUUGCUGGUAGUCCUGCCCAGGUGCAAGGUGUAAAGAGUACCCAAACUGCCUCAGAUAAUGACAAGAAAGUGGAGCCAUCAGUGUUGAGGGAACCGAAGUUUCAUCUACAAGAAUCAGUGUAUAGUGAACAAGAACUGAAUACCUCCCUUAUGGUGAUCAGGAAAAUUAUGAAUAUGGAUGCAGCCGAGCCCUUUAGUGUUCCAGUCGAUCCUGAUGCCCUCGGAAUACCUGACUACUUCGAUAUCAUUCACUACCCUAUGGAUUUUGGCACUAUAUGCAAAAAUCUUGAACAUGGCAAUAAAUACAAGAACUCCAAGGAUGUAUUUAUGGAUGUACAGUACAUCUGGGAGAACUGUUACAAGUACAAUAAUAAGGGCGAUUACAUUGUGGAUCUUAUGAGACGUGUGAAGAAGAAUUUUAUGAAGUAUUGGGUGGCUGCAGGGUUAUACACCGAGCGAUCGCAAAGAGCUAAUGGUUCUAGUGAAAGCAUGCAGGGGGAGAAUGCUGCUCACUCUGUCAAGGGCACUCCUUCCAAACAGGCACGUAAACGUCAUGGAAUGAGACAGCACAAAAGCGAUUGUUUAUGUGCUGUCUGUGUUAUGAAACGCAAAAGAAGGGAACGUGAUGCUCAACUUAUUGAAAAUCAGAUUGAAAUAAGUGAUGGAAAUCUGUCUCAAGACCCUAAGCAAGAGGAGACUGCAGGAACUCCUUUCAGUGAGGAUACAUCAUCAAAUCUGGAAUCUUACCCAGUCGCUGGUGCAGACAUUGAUAUGGAAGAACAAGCUCAGAAAAUGAAGCUGGAAAGUCAAGAGGUCAGUGACAAUGAUGUGCAGAACCAGAACAAGGACGAGGGAGAACCUUCCGAAGCAUUACAGACAGGAGGAGAUGCAUCUGGAGAAGAAGGGAACCUCGAGUCGCGAUUCCAGGAAAUGGAUGCUUCACGUUUUGCCACUGAAUCUGGUUCCCAGAAAAAUAACCUACCAUUGCAUCAGGGAGAGCCUACCACCGCGGAGAAAUUGCAGCAUAAGCAAGAGGAACUGAGAAAAAGGAAUCAGCAAAUUGAAAUCUACAAGAAAUUCUUCGGUGGCGAAAAUCCUAUGCUUACAGAGUUGUGUGGCAAUCUUUUUUCUGGUGAUCCUAGAUCAGUUUGGAGCGGACCACAUUCACUUGUUCCCCGUCAUGUUUCACUACGAAGUAGCAGAGGCAUCCAUGCGGCCCUAUCAACGUUUAUGAAAUAACCAGCUCCAGGAAACUCUUCUUGGUGUAGUACUUUCAGUAUAUACUGCCAAACAAGUUGUUAUUCGUGUUUACUCGGGAAUCGUUGGAAUAUUUGUGUAAAUUGAAAUGUUUCCAAGAAAAAUAAAUAAUAAAGUCUUUAUCCAGAUCCCAGUUUUGAAUA